AUGUUUUAUUCAUUGUUGCUUUUUUUUAAUUCUUUGUUUUUAUCUCGCAAAAGUUUUCUUGAUACAUAUCUUUGUUUUAAUACAACAGUAAAAUAUUAUUUCAGUAGCGUCGCAGAUUUUCACUUUGCUCAUCUCUCUCUCUCUCUCUCUCUCUCUCUUUUCUUUCUCUCUCUCUCUUUCAUUCUUUCACUCUUUUUCUCUCUUUCUCCCUCUCUGGCUUUUUGUCUCUCUCUCUCUUUCUUCCUGUCUGUCUUUCUCUCUCUCUGCUGCCUGCCUUUCUUUCUUUCUUUCUUUCUUUCUUUCUUUCUUUCUUUCUUUCUUUCUUUUAUCACCUCUCUCUUUCUCUAUAUCUCUUUCUCUCUCACACUCUUUCUUUCUCUCUUUCUUUCUUUCUUUCUUUCUCCAUCCCACUCUCUCUUUCUCUCUCCCCCUCACUCUUUUUCUAUCUUUCUCUCUGUGUCUCUCUUCCUCUUUCUUUCUCUCUCUGUCUCUGUCCCUCUUUCUGUCUCUUACUGUCUUUCUUCCUCUCUCUCUCUCUCCCUCUUUCACUCUUUUACUCUUUUUCUCCCUCACUCUCUUUCAUUUUUCUCUCUCUCUCAUUCACUCUUUUUUCUCCCUCUUUCUUUCUCUCCCCACUCUCUCUUUCUCCCUCUCUUUUUGUCUCUUUCUCCCUCUCCGUCUUUUUGUCUCUCUCUCUCUCUCUUUCUUCCUGUCUGUCUUUCUCUCUCUGCCGCCUUUUUUUCUUUCUUUCUUUCUUUCUUUCUUUCUUUCUUUCUUUCUUUCUUUCUUUCUUUCUUAAACUCUCUAUAUAUCUUUCUCUCUCACACUCUUUCUUUCUCUCUUUCUGUCUCUCUUUCUUUCUUUCUUUCUUUCUUUCUCCAUUCCACUCUCUCUUUCUCUCUCUGUCUCUCUCCCUCUCACUCUUUCUCUAUCUUUCUCUCCGUGUCUCAAUCCCUCUCUCUCUCUCUCUCUCUCUAUUUCUCGCUCUGCCUUUCUCUCUCUGUCUCUCUUUUUCUCCCUCUGUGUCUCUCUAUCUCUGUCUCUCUUUUUCUCUCUCUCACUGUAUUUCUUCCUCUCUUUCUUUCUUCUCUCUCCCUCACCCUCUCUUUCUCUCUCCCUCACCCUCUCUCUCUCUCUCUUUCUCGCUCUGCCUUUCUCUCUCUGUCUCUCUUUUUCUCCCUCUGUUUCUCUCUAUCUCUGUCUCUCUUUUUCUCUCUCUCACUGUAUUUCUUCCUCUCUUUCUUUCUUUCUCUCCCCCUCACCCUCUCUUUCUCUCUCUCCCUCACCCUCUCUCUUUCUCUCUCUCUCACUGUCUUUCUUCCUCUCCCCCCGCCCGCGAUUGUUAUUAUUUCUUUAUCAAAGCUACAUGGUCAAACAUCAUCUCCGACCAAAAAAAAAAAAAAAAAAAUGUCACCGCUGGCAUCAGUAGAGUCUUCGACUGACUCUUCCAUAAAUCGCUUCAGGCCAAUCUCCUUUCUCUCUUAUUCUGACCAGCUUAAAUUCCUUCCAGCUUAG